CCAGCUCUCUCCUUACAAUUUUACAACCUUCUUAACUGGGAAUGUUUGUAAGAUGGAUUUUCCUGGCGAUAUUGUGUAACUGUUGGCUGACAUCUUUCUUUAUUUUCGGACCCGAGCCUUGCCAUUUUUGAAGAGAUCUAAAAUCUCUCUCUUUCUGGCACAUUUCCAAUUGCGAUGCAGGUCAUUGAAUUCUAGCUCGGCCCGGUUUUUCUUGUCGUCGUCUGUCGCAAAUCGCGGAUCGCAGAUCGCAUACCGAGGUUACCGAGGCUGCGAGAUUUCCGAGUUUGUUCAUAAUAGUCUUCGAGCCAUCGCAACGCGGCGCAGACCUAAAUCUUUUAGCCAACGAAACGGGCCUCCUAGGGGAAACUUUAUAUAGAGCCAGUACCGGCAUUCUCAGACAACGUUCAAAGUUUAAUCCCCAAAACGGACGAUAGACGAUACCUACAUACUUAGUACGUCUUACACUUCUUGCCUUUCUCUCCUUUUUUCUAAGGUAUGUCCUAUCUCCAUUCUUUUCGACGACGUGAAUAGCACUUGAUCCCUAGGUUUUAUCAAUUAUGGCGGAUGGCAAGAGUAAAAGCCCUCAGCGCCAGCGUCCGCGCCAGGAGCCUCCCAAUAGCUCUCACAACUCUCACGACUCCAAGUUACCACGUCUAGGACGAAGAUGUCAUCAAGAUCCGUGGGAUCAAGUACAAAUGGCCGAUUCUGACUCUAACCUAGGCUCCCGAAAGCAUAGCCCCUCGAAAACCCCGACGCGCGAUACUAAAUCCAUAAUUCCUAGAGGACGUAAGCGGGAGGUCUCUGCUUCGUCAAGCAUAGCGAGCCAAGAUAGCAGCGAUCUGUCUAAUCCUUACACUCCACCCCGUACGACUAGAACCGCAGCGAGUCAAGCCCGGAUUCCACGUACAACCAGUGACUAUUCCCCCCACUCGCCAUCCGUAGACAACCAAAGUUCGUCACUCAAGGAUUCAAUAAGUGCGGCAAGAGUUUCGGGACCCAGUCCGAAUAUCUCAUCCCACAUUCCUAGGAUAUUAGUUUCUAAGCGCUGCCCAUCGUACCAAGUCUUUAAGCGCAAAGACUCUGGGGUAAAAGACGCUUCCAAGAUGGAAAAUGUCCAGGAGAAUGGAGUCGCAGAUGCAUCAUCUAACUUGAAGGGGGAACUUCAAAAUGGCGACAUUCCUAUGAAGGGAACUCAUGACUUUCCAGAUCACGAGAGGAGUACCAUCUCCAUGGAAGGUAGUGAUGCUACCACAAUUGUUGGCUUAGAAAGUACAGCGGAUGUUGACGAGACGAAUGUGGCAAGCUAUGCCUCCGCUCUUAAAUCCGAUCUAAAUGGUGAGGUCGAGGAAACAGGGGACUCACCUCCUAGGCGUGGUCUCCAUACUCAAGAUGACGACGAUUCAUAUCCUGAGUUAGAUGAUAUGACGCUGGACGAAAUUCACCUACCUCCUAAGCCAAGCGCAAAUGGUGGGAUCCGAUGGGCCCCGUGGAAUGUGCCUCUAAAACGCAGGCUGCAGACGCUCGUGGUGCUUAUGCACUGCAUGUGUAUAGCUCUGACUGUUUCCAUCUUUUUCGCUCUGUCUGCUAACCCCUUUGUCUGGCCGCUAUUACUUAUAUACCUGUUACACUGCCUAAGCUCAAAAGCUGCUACAGAUGGAAAGCUCAAAUACCGAUCUGAGUGGUUCCGCAAAAGUUACAUAUGGCAUCUCUUCGCGGGCUACUUCCCAGCUAAGCUUUACAAGACCCACGAUCUACCGCCUACUCGAAAGUAUAUAUUUGGUUAUCACCCUCAUGGCAUCAUUUCCCACGGCGCCUGGGCAGCUUUUGCUACUGACGCUCUAGGGUUUUCAGAGAAAUUUCCUGGCAUCACAAACAGUCUACUGACCCUGGACUCGAACUUCCGUAUUCCGCUAUACCGUGAAUACAUCCUUGCCGCUGGUAUGCGGUCGGUCUCGAAAGAGUCUAUCGUCAACAUCCUGAGUAAAGGUGGACCGAACGGGGAGGGUAUGGGUCGUGGCGUGACUAUUGUUAUCGGAGGUGCUCGGGAAUCCCUUGAAGCGCAACCGGGGCAGCUACGAUUAAUUCUGAAGGAGCGCAAGGGAUUUGUCAAGAUUGCGGUCAGAACAGGCGCUGACCUAGUACCUGUGCUAGCAUUUGGCGAAAACAACCUCUACGACCAGCUGCAUCCUAAGGAGCACCCGAUGGUACACAAGGUCCAGAUGUUUGUUCUGAAGGUGUGGAAGUUCACCCUUCCUUUCUUACAUGGACGAGGGAUCUUCAACUACGACGUAGGCCUCAUGCCUUACCGCCGUCCGUUGAAUAUCGUGGUUGGAGCCCCGAUCAAGGUCACGCAAUCGAACUCGGUGGAUCAGGAAGAGAUCAACCGACUACAUGAUUUGUAUGUGACCGAGCUGGAGAAGCUAUGGGAUCGAUACAAGGACGAGUUUGCCCCUGACAGGAAAGAGGAGAUGCAAAUACUGUCUUAGGAUGCUAUGACUUCGUGUAGGGUUACUUGAUAGGUUUUUCCUAUGUUUCUCUUGAAUAUAAACUAGACGUAGACUUACAGGCUCGCGCAAGGUGCGUGAAGGAUAAUGUAACUGUUAUCGUUGUUCAGUUUACCCCGCUGGUUUUAUAUGUGCGUGUUAUUAGCUUCAGAAACAGCCCAUAUUGCGGUCAGUGACGAAACAUUCUGUCUGAUUCGUGAUAUUUGAGUACUGUGUAGGCUAUCGAGCGGACCGUGACUUUGUCAGCAGAUGCUCAGCUCCGGUGAGAUUAUGAGCUAAGCCCACCUCAUCUCACUCACAAUUAGAUGGUGCCCACACUAUACGAGUUUUCGUAUCUAAUUAGACGACGUGUUGUUGAUAAAUCCUGAGUCUAGAAUAGGAAAUAUUGGGGGAUUUUGAAAUUACGUCAAGUUAUGCAAGUCACAAUUUGAAAUUAGAGACGGCUUUUUUUAG